AUGCCAGUAAACAACGAUAAAACAACGCGGAAGAAAACAGUAGCCUUUGGUAUAAAGGGAAUUAAAGGAAAAUCAGUAGGAACUCACAUAAAUAAUCAACAAGAUAAUAAUUUUCUAACAAUUGCUCCUGCUUUACCAAUUUUACCUGGAGCUCCUAUACCACCAAAGUUAUCUAAACGUAGUUAUAACUUAUUUAGUCCAGCAGAUUCUCCUUAUAACAUAGAACAUGACAAGGUUGAUGGUUCUUAUACAGUUACUUUACAAUGGACAAGCGAAGGAAAGACUAUUGUGGCAACAAGAACAGCUGCAGAGAGAGAAAAAAAUCCUGAUAGGAUAUGUCUUGAUAGACGAGGACUUACAACAUUUCCAAACAUAAUUGGAGAGCCACGUUUACGUUUACUUUCUCUCCAACAUAAUCUUCUUACAAAGAUUGAGAAUUGUAAUUUUUCUCAGCUGACAAAAUUAGUAUUUCUUGACUUAUACGAUAAUCAAAUUGAAAGGAUAUGCAAUUUGGAAGUAUUAGAGAAUUUAAGAGUACUAUUGAUUGGAAAAAAUAGAAUAAAAAGGAUUGAAGGGAUAAAACAACUUUGUAAAUUAGAAGUUUUAGACCUUCAUGGCAAUCAAAUUGUACAAAUUUCAGAUUUAAACAACCUUGUGUCUUUAAAAGUUCUAAAUUUAGCUGGAAACAAUAUUAAAGCCAUAGGCUACCAUGAUUUUGAAGGUUUAACAUCAUUAAAAGAGUUAAACCUUAGACGUAAUAAAAUCAAAAAAUUAUUAGGUUUUGAUGAAACACCACAACUACAAAAGUUAUAUUUAAGUAACAAUGACAUUUAUAAAAUUGAAGAUAUAGGAAGUAUUGCUAAAGCAUUACAAAUUAAGGAAAUAACAAUUGAUGGAAAUCCUAUAACACUGUAUAGAGAUUAUGUUUCUUUUUUUGUAUCAUAUUUACCAAAUUUACAAAUUUUAUCAAAUAUGCCAGUUACUGAGCAAAUUCGAAGAGCUGCCAUAGCUUGGAGAACAACAAAAGAACAAAGUAAUUCUACUUUUUUAAAUCUUAGUGCACAGGUUUGUAUGAGUGCUCAGAGAGAUGAAAUUAUAUCAAAUGCCAAAAUAAAUUGGGAAUUUCUCAGAUGUCAUUCUAAAUCUUCUACAAAUGACAGUAGUCAUAAAAACAGUAAUGUUAAUGCUGUGCAAAUUCAAAAAUCAAAUAAAUUUAAUAUGCUAAAACCCAAGAGUUUAGAAAAAGCAAAAUCAAAAGGCUUUGGGAGUUUAACAUCUAUAAAUGAAAACAUAGAAGCAACAAAAAUAAAUAUAAAAAGAAGAAGUAAUUCCAGUGACAAUUUAUUUCGAUUAAAAGAUACAACUAAAGCAUAUCCAUUAGAAUUUAAACUCCCACCAAUUUUAGAUUCUAUUGUAGAUAGUCUAAUAAAUAAUAAAUUUGAUGAAAAAGUAAAAAGAAGUCUAAUGAAAGUAAAAGCUAGAAGUGACACCGAUAGUACAUCAAGUAGUGAAUCAGAAAUAUUGGGAAGUCAUGACAACUUGAAAAGUUGUUUAAAAUCUCAAUUAUUGAAGUCCAAAAAUUAUAUUUCUCCAUGUAAUAUUAAUAAGAUUGUUAAUAAUAGAACAUUUGAUUCUAUAAAUGUUUAUUCACCACCAGAAAUUGUUAAUGAAAGAGAUAACAAGUAUUAUGAAAUAUUUAAAUCUACUAAGCCACAAAUAAAUAAAAAGCAAGAUUUGACAGAAACAUCCCAAGGUAUCAAAUUUCAUAGUCAGCUUGGUUCAAGUGAUUGUCAAUCAAAAUCAAGCAUUGGCUCCUCUGGAUAUUGUUCUUUAAGUUCUAAAACCAGUAGCAUUGAUAGCUGUAAAUCAGUACUAAGUGAUUGUAGUACAUCAUCCACUACUAAAAGUGUAUUACAAAAGUAUAAAAAUUCAGAGAAAGAUACUAAUAGGGUGAAAAGUGCACAAGUAAAAAAAAUAGUAUGUUAUAAAAGUAAUAGAGCAGCAACUGCUAGAGCUAAAUACAGAGCUGUAACACCACCAGCGCCUGCUCCAUUACAAAAUCCGCCAAAAGAAAGAGAACAAGGAGGAGAUUAUUUAAUAGAAAUAGUUGGCCGUUGUUUGAAUAUUUAUGGUCAAGGUGCAUUACGCUUUAUCGACCGACCAUGGGACUCUUCAAAAGCUCAAGACGUUAAUGUAGUUAAAUUUAAUUAUGUACAGUUUAAUGAUGUAGCCAAAGUUUUAUGUAAAAUAAAAAAUAGGUUUCCAAACAUAGAACAUUUUAUGUUUAAAGAAACUAACAUCAGUUACCUUGGACAGCUUAAUGCUUUAGCUGAGGUGCAAGGAUUAACAAGUAUUCAUAUAGAGACAGGAAAUCCAAUUAUAUCAAAGGAUUGGAAAGUUUAUGCCAUAUUUCGUUUAGCUCAUUGGGGUUUAAAAAUUAUUAAUGGAAAAGAGAUUACAAAUGAGGACAUUGAUUUAGCAAACAAAGAAUAUGCUGGUCUUGUUGAUAUUGUGAUGUGUUCACUGCCAGAGUCUCUGUUACAACCUUUACUACAAAGACUUCAUUUAGAAAAAGUGCAAAGACAAAUUGGUGAACAAAUUACCGCCAAACAAUUUUUACUUAACAGUGAUCCAGCUCUUAGAAGUGUUGUUGCUAAGGAAGCAUUGCAAUGGAGGAAAGGGAGUAUAACACGUAAUAAAAUAAUACUCUUAACAAAUUUUCUAAAUUUAAUAAACCUUACUGUAGAUGCAAUACAAAAGUUACAGUUACUUGAAAAUAAAUGGCCAAGUAUUUUAUAUGAAAUAAUUCACACUACUUUAUCCGAUUUUGCCGAGAUGGAGACAUAUAUGAAACGUUGUAGCAAGACACUUGAAAGCGAUAAAUAA